AUGAAGCACUAUGACAGAUGUGAAAAAGCCACAAAUCUUCCUGCCAACCAUGAAAUGCCACAGCAGGGGAUUCUUGAGGUUGAGUUGUUUGAUGUGUGGGGUAUUGAUUUCAUGGGACCUUUCUCAAUCUCACAUUCAAACAACUAUAUUCUAGUGGCAGUUGAUUAUGUGUCCAAGUGGGUGGAAGCUGUGGCUCUACCCACCAAUGAUGCCAAGGUGAGAUAUGGAGUCCGUCAUAAAGUGGCAACCCCCUAUCACCUUCAGACAAGCGGACAGGUUGAAGUUUCCAACAGGGAACACAAGAGAAUUCUAGAGAAGAUCUUGGUCUAUGGCAAAGCCUGUCACCUGCUAGUUGAGAUGGAAUAUAAAGCUUACUGGGCAAUCAGAUAUCUGAAUCUUGAUUCAAAAGCUGCAGGAAUUAAGCGAAUGCUUCAGUUGAACGAGCUUGAUGAAUUCAGAUACUCAGCCUAUGAGAAUGCCAUGCUCUAUAAGGAGAGAACCAAGUUAUUGCAUGACAAGAAGAUUGCCAUUAGAGUCUUUGAGCCAGGACAGAAAGUCCUUGUGUGUAAUUCAAGGCUCAAAUUCUUUCCCGGGAAGCUGAAAUCCCGGUGGUUAGGACCGUUUGUGGUUACCGGAGCUUUACCAUAUGGUCAUAUGGAAAUACAGGAAGAGAAUUCUGACAGGAAAUUUACAGUGAAUUGCCAGAGGUUGAAGCACUAUCUUGGAGGCGAAAUCGAUCGCCAGAGGUCCGCUUAUCAGCUGAAUUAG